AUGGCGAGCAAGGCGGUCAUACCUUUUCUUGUCACGAUGAUGCUUGUGACAGGAGUGUGCAAUACCAUUCUCAAUAAGUACCAGGACAUGCAAUGUGUCAGAAACUGUGACUCGCCGGAUCCUAAAGACCAUCAUCUUUUUGAACAACCAGUUAUUCAGACUAUUCAGAUGUUUAUCGGGGAGAUGGGCUGUUGGCUUGUUGUCCUCAUGUCCCAUCUAUAUAAACGGCACCUCGCUCCUCGACUUUUCCAGGACCAGUCGCCUCUGCUAGCCGGCGGCUAUCGCCCAGUGAACGUCGUCGAUGGAGAUGACGAAGAUCAAACAAUUGAAGGACACAAUGAUAACAUUGACCCGUCGAAACCUUUACGACUGCCAGACGGCCGCAUACCACUUCGUGGCCUGAGGACAUUUCUCCUUGCAGCACCGGCAUGCUGUGAUAUUGCGGGCACUACUCUUAUGAACGUCGGUCUGCUGUUCGUGGCUGCAAGUAUAUACCAGAUGACUCGCGGAGCCUUGGUUCUAUUUGUCGGUCUUUUCAGCGUCCUGUUCCUUCACCGUAAACUAUACUUGUACCAAUGGCUAGCACUUUGCGUGGUGGUUCUUGGUGUUGCGUUGGUCGGUCUUGCGGGUGCGCUGUUUGGCGACAACCAGGGUCAUGAUAUUACUCAAGAAACUGUAGCAGCAGCUGUUCGAUCCGCAACAACCGAAGUCGGAGCAACCGCACAGACCCCGGAAGCUGUGAGAGCUGUUGUGGGUGUACUCCUUAUCGCCGCAGCUCAGAUAUUCACUGCUUCUCAAUUCGUCCUCGAGGAAUGGAUACUAGAGAACUAUGCCAUGGAGCCGCUCCAAGUCGUUGGCUGGGAAGGUAUCUUCGGAUUUUCUGUGACUGUCAUCGGGUCCAUUAUCCUGUACCUAGGCGUGGGACGUACGGAAGCAGGACGGUACGGAUAUUUUGACGCGAGGGAGGGUUGGCACCAGGUGUUCACCCACAAGGCUGUAGCCAUCUCGAGCGUCCUGAUCAUGAUCAGCAUUGGUGGCUUUAACUUCUUCGGCCUCUCGGUCACCAGAACCGUAUCCGCUACAUCCCGCAGCACGAUCGAUACCUGCCGUACCCUCUUCAUCUGGCUGGUAUCGCUAGGUCUAGGGUGGGAAACCUUUAAAUGGCUGCAGGUAGCUGGGUUCGCUCUGCUUGUUUAUGGAACAUUCUUGUUCAACGAUAUCGUCCGCCCACCGCUGAAGGCUUGCCUUCCUAGAGAAGGUAGAGGAAGGGUUCUUCUGCCUGAGGAUCCCAUUGAGCACAAUUAG